CGAGCACCCGAGGGGAGGGGCCAGCGCUGGAGACUGACCGGCGCCUAGACAAAGCACUGCGCAAGCGCGGGAUGGGAGGAAGACCGCAAUGCGCAUGCGUCGAUUCAGGCAACGGGGACUGCGCAUGCGUACCUCCCGCUUAUUCAUUCUACUGAGCAUGCGCAACAUUGGGCUGAUGUGACGUUAUUACGCAUGCGCAUGUGGGUCACCCGGCAUUUGGCUUACGAUGCGCAUGCGCAGUGUGGUCCUUUGUUAAAACAGGCGGUGCUACGGGGCUUUUCCCAGCCCAGCCCCCCCCCUGUUGCGCAUGCGCUUCCCCCCUCCACGGACCGAGGCGUCUACGCGCAUGCGCCGACCGUCCCGGUGCUGAGUGCGCAUGCUCAAUGCCAGCUCCCCGUUAAAGGACCAGUGCAGCUAUUUCCCUGCCGGGGCGGGGGCGCAGCCAUGUGGCUCCCCCUGCUGGGGCUGCUGCUGCUCGGGGCGCUGAGGCAGGGGGCGGGGCAAGAGGAGGAGGAGGAGGACGAGAGGCGGCCCACCCCCUGCGAAGUGUGCAAGUACCUGAGCCUGGAGCUGCAGGAGACCCUGGCACAGAGCGGCCGCUCCAAGGAGGUGCUGGAGCUGGGGCAGGUGCUGGACUCGGGAAAGCGGAAAAGACGCAUCCAGUACAACACCUCGGAAACCCGGCUGGCCGAGGCCCUAGAAACCGUGUGUGAGCGAUUCCUGCAUUACAGCGUCCAUGCCGAGCGCCCGGGCAGCCUGCGGUAUGCCAAGGGUCAGAGCCAGACCAUGAACACCCUGAAGAACCUGGUGAACAAGGGGGUGAAGGUGGAUCUGGGGAUCCCCCUGGAGCUCUGGGACGAGCCAUCGGUGGAGGUGACGCAGCUGAAGCAGCAGUGCGAGACGAUGCUGGAGCAGUUCGAGGCCGUGCUGGAGGACUGGUACUUCCACCACCAGGAGACGGCGCUGGGAGCCUUCCUGUGCGAAGGGCACGUGCUGGCGUCGGGGGAGAGAGGGUGUCUGAACGAGGUCUGGACAGGGAGGAAGGGUGAUGAGGGAGCCCAGGAAGAGGAGGAGGAGGAGGAAGAGACAAUGAAACAACCUAGCCCGCCCACCAGGCAUGCAGCUCAUGUCCCUGGGGAACUCUGAGCCGGCGGGAGGGGGGUUGGUACAUUCAGGGGGAAGGACUUUGACACCCCUGGGUGCCUUCUCCACCCUCCCCCCAGGGGCUGGGGGUCCCUGCUGGGGACUGGGGGGGAGGGAGGGAUCUGUCUUUUUGGUGCCUUAUGCACUGCGGCCUGGGGUGGGGGUGGAAUUCCCCCUCCCCCUGCCCCGUUGUUCUGUCCGUGUGUCUGUCCGUCUCUGGUUUUUAUACAGAAAUGCCGGGUUCUGUGCCACAGUGAAAGGGUU